UCCUGUGAGAGGCGCUGCGGGCGCUGCUCCUCUCUGAGUGGAGGUCUCCCGCUCUCUCUGUGGUCCUGUGUGUCUGUAGCGGAGGGAGCUGAGCGAGCCGGCGGCGCUGAAACGAUAGAAAACGCUGCAGAGCUGCGGAUUGUAUUCCCUGUGUGAGCCGGAUUCGCCUGUUGAGAGGACAGUAUGUCUCGGAGAUAUGAUUCAAGAACCACCAUUUUCUCCCCUGAAGGGCGUCUGUAUCAGGUAGAAUAUGCCAUGGAAGCUAUUGGCCACGCUGGUACUUGUUUAGGAAUUCUCGCCAAUGAUGGUGUGCUGCUGGCAGCAGAGAGGAGGAACAUCCACAAGCUGCUGGAUGAAGUGUUCUUUUCAGAGAAGAUCUACAAACUCAACGAAGACAUGGCCUGCAGUGUAGCAGGAAUCACAUCUGAUGCCAAUGUCCUCACUAAUGAACUAAGGUUAAUUGCACAAAGGUAUCUCCUUCAGUAUCAGGAGCCUAUCCCCUGCGAGCAGCUUGUUACAGCACUCUGUGACAUCAAACAAGCCUACACACAGUUUGGAGGUAAGAGGCCGUUUGGUGUUUCUCUGCUGUAUAUGGGAUGGGAUAAGCACUAUGGCUUCCAGCUCUAUCAGAGUGACCCCAGUGGAAACUACGGAGGCUGGAAAGCUACCUGCAUCGGCAAUAACAGCGCAGCUGCUGUGUCAAUGCUGAAGCAGGACUAUAAAGAGGGAGAGAUGACACUUUCAGCUGCCCUUGCCCUUGCUAUCAAAGUGCUCAACAAAACUAUGGAUGUCAGCAAGCUCUCUGCAGAGAAAGUUGAGAUUGCCACACUGACACGAGAGAACGGUAAGACCAGGAUCAAGGUUCUGAAACAGAAGGAAGUGGAGGAGUUGAUCAAGAAGCACGAAGCGGAGGAAGCGAAGGCCGAGAAAGACAAGAAAGAGAAGGAACAGAAAGAGAAAGACAAAUGAGAAAACUCGCACUUCUUCUUUUCUAUGAAAUAUAAAAAAAACAAGGUUAGGUUACCACUGAGUCUGUCUUUAUGUCUACUGUUUUCUUUAAUAAACACACAACACAGUUAA